AUGUCUACGAACGGGGGGGCCCGCCCAACCGCUAUCGUCAUGGGCGGAAGCUUGGGUGGUAUGUAUGCUGCCGUCUGGCUUGAAAGGGCAGGAUUUCAAGUAACCGUCUUUGAACGCUCCGCGUCCAUGCUAUCAAACAAAGGGGCUGGGAUUGUUCUGCAUCCUUGUUCUGCGCGCUACUUUAACAUUUGCACGGACCUCGACCUUUCCUGCAUGAGCUUAAAAGUUUCCUCCUUAGUGUACUUGCCCGAAGAGUCGCCUUCCCCGGAUCCAGCAUGUUUCCGCUUCGCCUCCUAUAACUCAAUCCUAACCGCUUUAAAAUUCCACUUUCCGGCGGAACAGUAUCGCGCGGGAAACGCAGUAAGAAGCAUUUCGCAAACCGAUGAACAAGUCUUGGUGACGCUGCAAGAUGGGACUGUUUCCACGGCAAGCCUUCUCGUCUGCGCAGACGGUACGUCUUCGACAGCAAGAGAGAUGCUCAGUGCAGAAGUCAGCAAAGACUACGCUGGCUACUUCGCUUGGCGCGGUCUAGUGGAACAAAGUUUACUUUCCCUCAAAGCAUCAGACGCACUCAAGUCCAAGGCGCACAUGCACCUCACUCCGGAUGGACACAUGCUAUCCUACCCAAUACCUGUCAUUUCGGAUGACUUGAAGCUGCAGACAGUAUACGUCAACUGGCUGUGGUAUCGCAACACAUCCAGCGAAGAGCUUGCCAAAGUGCUUGUAGAUAAACACGGCAUCAGGCGGAAGGACUCAGUACCUCCUGGGCUGGUGCGGGAUGAGCUUGUCACCAAUCUCCGCGAAGAAGUGGAGGCAAUGCCCGAGCCCUUCCGCGAGCUUGUGCGGAAGACAGAGGCACCCUUCGUGCAAAUCAUUUUUGACCAGGCAGUAAAGCAAAUGGCCUUUGGACGCGUGUGUCUACUGGGUGACGCAGCCUUUGCGCCCCGACCUCACAUCGCUGUGGGGACCGCAAAAGCUGCUGAGGAUGCCUGGGAGCUUCAAAAUUCGUUGAAGGAGAAUGGCGGAGAUGUCGUCAGCGCGCUGCGGAUAUAUGAGGAGAAGCAAAUGAAGCUGGGGACUUUUUGUGUGCAAAGAUCAAAGGAAUUGGGAAAUAGAAUGCAGAGGCUUGAAGGUACAUGGGAGCAGGGUCGCAUGCUGGAAGUCGGAUUGUUCAAGAUCGGUGAUAGCAGCAUGUGA